UCACCCGCCGUUAGUUCGGCUCAGAUCCACGUGGUUCUGGUCCAGAGUAAAAGCCGAGGGGAGAGGCCAGCUGAGCGAGCGAGAGGCUUCCAGAGCAGCAGCAUGUCUCUGUACCGCAACUCCGCCUGGUUCGUGAAGGGAGUGACCGAGUUCACCAGGAAUGCAUUCGUGGCAUCGUCCAAACGCUUCGUGGAGAAGGACCUGGAGGUGUCGGUGGCCGGCCGUGCCUUCAUGAUAACCGGAGCCAACAGCGGCAUCGGUAAAGCCACCGCCAUGGCCAUCGCCAAGAAAGGUGGAACGAUCCACAUGGUUUGCAGGAACAAAGACAAGGCCGAGGAGGCCCGAGCUGAUAUUGUCAAGGAGACAGGAAAUAAAGAGGUCUUCGUCCACAUCCUGGACCUGUCCGAGACCAGGAAGGUGUGGGAGUUCGCUGAAGCCUUCAAGAGGAAGUACAAGGCUCUGAAUGUGCUGAUCAAUAACGCCGGCUCCAUCAUGAGUCAGAGGGACGUGAACGCCGAGGGGCUGGAGAAGAGCUUCGCCACCAACGUCCUUGGGCUUUACAUUCUCACCAAGAGUCUCAUUCCUUUGCUGGAGAAGAGCGCAGAUCCCAGAGUGAUCACGGUGUCCUCAGGAGGAAUGCUGGUGCAGAAGCUGAGGAUAGGGAACCUGCAGUCGGACAGAGGACGCUACGACGGCACCAUGGUCUACGCCCAGCACAAAAGGCAGCAGGUGGUGAUGACAGAGCAGUUUGCAAAGGCCCACGCCAACAUCCACUUCUCCGUCAUGCAUCCUGGCUGGGUGGACACCCCAGCCGUGGCCAACGCCAUGCCCGACUUCCACCGCUCCAUGAGGGAGAGCCUGCGGAGCCCGGAGCAGGGGGCCGACACCGUGGUGUGGUUGGCCGUGUCCGAAGCUGCAGCCACGAACCCCAGCGGACGCUUCUAUCAGGACCGGAGGAUGGUGUCCACCCACCUGCCGCUGGCCUGGACCCACAGCUCCGCCCUGGAGGAGCAGAAGCUCAUGUCUCUGCUGGACGACUUGGCCAAGACGUUCCAGCCUCACUGAGCCGGCGGGGACCCGGGAGGCCGCGCCCGCCAACGCUGGCCCCAGCGCAGAGAAACAAACAUCUGCGAGCAAACAUCUGGAAGCUGCACCGUUCACCUGCACUCAAACAGCCGGCUGCUUCACGCUUAGCAACAGCUUUCAGAUUAACCUCUGUUCUCGUUCCCAGAGUCGAGCUAAAAUCAACUAACCGCCAAUGGCGUCGCGUGUCGCUGAUGGAGAGAACGAGCGGUCCGUCGGUGUGACUUGCUCAAAGGCGCCGGUCAGAUGGGAAUCUGCCGGGACCAAAGUCACGGCUGCGGGCGAAGCCUCGCGCUCGCUGACUCACACACGUGUGCCGCGCGUCGUGUCUAACACCAUGUGAGGAACUAACGCACAGGACCUGCUUGACUGCACAGCACAGGCUGAACCCAGGCGGCGGCCGGCGUUCUCUCCACGAGCCGCGUGUCGAACAGCAGCGUCGUAUCUGCACAGCACCUUUAAUGUCCACUGUAACUGUGGCUCCAGUUGAUCCUGUAAAUGUUCGCUUGAAUAAAAUUAUAAUAAUAACGCA